AUGUCGGCGCGGUGCCUUGUGAGCGUGCCAGCAAUACAUGCGAAGCGUACGUACACUUUAGAAGAAGGCACCCUGGAUGCAUUGAAGGCCGCCAUAUCCUCGUGCCCCAUUUUGGGCGACAAGGUGGACCUUUCCAACAGCACAUUCAAGGGUUCACAGGAGGUAAAUGAAAGUGAGCCUUCCGCGGCUGUGACGGUGGAUGGUGGCGGCUCCUCAGGCCUGGAAUGCUUUGAUCUUCCUUCACGUUCAGAUGACGACGGAAAGACAUUUGUGUUUCCAAGUUUCGGAGCCCUUCAUGACACCAUAAUAAGCGAUGGCCCAGUGACUUCCGCACUGUUUCGGCAAAUUGUGGAUAUCUUGUUUCAAGAGAUGGUGAAGAUAACAGUGGUCCCAACGAGACACUUUUAUAACAAGGUAAUGAUUCAACUACAAGAAAAGUACCCUCAGUUGCAAGACGCCAUGGGGAGUGGCAUGGACUCAUGGAGGUGCUCACUCCGGAUGAAAUUUAAAAACCAACGGCGGAAGCUAUGCAACGACACUCGCGUUGCUGAGAAUCGCAGAAAGUUUGCUACAUCUCGCAAACCCGAUGACAACUCUGCAGCGGAUGAAUUGAAGCGGCACAAGAAGCGCAAGAUGGACAUUGCCAUCAGCGGUCUAGAUGGGGAGGACGAGAAUAGCCUCGCAAAACAUGAGGAAUGGCUGCGGGCUGAGGCAUUCAAUGCUGCACCAGAUGAGAAAAUGAUUUACCACAGAAUGAACUUGACCGCCAAAAGAAGGCUCCUCGAGGUGGCAGACAUGAGCAUUGGGAGUGCUACACGCAAAUAUCCAUAUCUGAUGGACUUUGAACGAUUUGCUUCAGACUUCCAAAGAUUGACCGGAGUAGAUGGAAAAGAAAAAAUCAAGCUUGGCAUCGAUAUGCUUGCUUCUUUGGCACGCAAACGUGUAGUGGGUCACGAGGACGUCUUUAAAGAAAUUCAGACUGCAACACGGCUGGAACAGCAAGGUCACGCACUUCGAACCAGACAUCUCUUUGCUGUUGCUGUGCUCAAGAUUAUUCCAUCUGAUGUCAAGGAAAAAGCAGCAAUGUCUUCGCUGUUUGUACAUGAAGAUGACGAGAGGGUGCCGCUGACGCCAUGCGUGGUCUACUCUGGCCCCAGCUUGGAGCAAGCAGAGUUUCUACACCUGCACGUCGACAACCGAAACAUCUUCCGCGUCAGUAAUGCCGAAGAAGGAAUGAUAGCGCUGAUGAGUGCAUAUUUUAUUUUUAAUAUUGUGUACGGGCGCAAGGCGUUCAAUACUACCACCGUGCUAGAACGGCUUUUUCUUGGCAUGAGCAACACAUCACCGAGACCUGUGGCUACGAAGUUCGUGAACAAAGUUGUUCAGGCAAUUCGACGCUGA